CUAGAGAAGCCGAGAAACUUCAAAGGCAUGCAAUCGAGGGGGGAGGGUGAAGCCUGAGAGUUCCUUCCGGUUGGAAUUCUCAGCAGCUGCACAGCAGGAGAUGAAUGGCGGCCGCGUGGUUUGGGUGUCUGUGCAGCUGCUGCCUGGCGUGAUUUCCCCACCCACUCUUCAAUCCAAGCCUGCAAUAAUCCUCACGAUUGGGAUCAACGCAAAAGAAGCACGUUGGGGAAAUGCUUUGGAGAAAUGCAACUAAAGGAAGGCUAUAGUCUCUAUAGAGGCCAACUCCCGUCCAAGUGAAGAAGCUCUUCUGGAAUGUUCUCGACUCCUGUAUUUUAGCGGCCUAUUAGCCCGGCAGCUGCAAUAAUCUGGAGUGGCACUGACAUAUCCUGUGAGGCCAGCCUGUGGUGGUGAUUCCACCGGGCACAAAAUGGCUGCCGAGGAAGGAGGCCGGUUGGAUUUGGGCAUCAAGUUCCAGGUUAAGUUGGAGCAGGAGAUGCUGUCGGAUGUGAAAAUGGAGGAGAAGGUGGCAGCAGACCCCAGGAUGGGGGGAGAAAUGCAAGUGCAAGUGGCAGCAGGCUCCACAGUGGGAGAGGAAAUAAAGGAGCAAAGGAAAGAAGGCCUAAUGACCGAGGAGGAAGAGGAGAGAGACCCUAAUGUCACCCAGCCUUGGAGUAUUCAGGAUUUUCUCCCAAGAUCCCCAGGAAAACGGGUUAAACAGGAGCUAGCGUGGGAGUACUCGGAGACUGGAGAUAGACUGGAAACACAGUGGCAGGAGUUCCCAAAGACAAUGGGGUCUCCUAGCUCCAACUGCAGGAGCCCCCGAGUGCCCCAGUUCCCUCAACAGGAGGGUCCUCAGGCUUCUCCAGCCCCCUUCAAAGUGGAGGCCGUUCUGCCAGAAGAACAAGAAAGUACCCAGACCCAGUCAGGCCCCAGUGGAGAGGCCCGGAGCGUGCCGGAUCCCUCUGGGAAGCUGAAGGAAGAAUCCCUGGACGAGGACAUGGUGGUCUCAGAGCUACAGCGCCAGCGCUUCCGGCAGUUCUGCUACCAAGAAGCGGAAGGCCCUCAAGAGGCCUGCAGCCGCCUCUGGUUCCUCUGCUGCCGGUGGCUGAAGCCAGAGAGGCACACCAAGGAGCAGAUUCUGGAGCUGCUGAUCCUGGAACAAUUCCUGACCAUCCUGCCCCAGGAAAUGCAGUGCUGGGUCAUGGAAGCUUGCCCCAAGACCUGCGCCCAGGCGGUGGCCCUGGCAGAGGGUUUCCGGCAAAGGAAGCGCAAGUCUGCAAGGCAGGAUGACCAGGUGCCACGGCCAACUCAAGAAGCAGCUCUGAAUUUAUCUGAGGCAGAGGAGGUUCCGUUAGACAUGGAGCAGGCGCAGCUCUGCAAGAAGGCCAAGCUGGAGGACGGCACUGGAAAUGCCAGCGUGCUGGCAGGUGAAGAAAUGAUGUGUAGGAACGAUGAUGUUGUGGAGAGAGGUCAUCCAGAAGGUCCUUUUGAAGUGGAAGCGAACAGGUUACCGACAGGCAGCCCAGAAGAUGAGAGUUCCCAGUGUGAGGAGCAGCAAGAAGCUUCUGGAAGCUGGCAGGGACCCAAAGAGCAUCAAGGAAGUUCCACAGAGGAGAAAAUGGGGAACCUCAUUUCUCGUGAGGGCGAGGAGCCCCUCCAUGAAACCACAGACCAACAGAGAAUCCACAUGGUGAAAAGUGAGAGUGUAUGCCCAGCUGAUGAGGGUGGUUUCCCAGGGAACUCAGACAUUAUUGAAUUUAAGGUGACCCACACAGGCAACAUGCCCUAUAAAUGCCUGGACUGUGGGAAGAGCUUCAAUUAUAGCACCAGCCUUGUGAGGCACCAGAGAAUCCACACAGGCGAGAAACCUUACAAAUGCUUGGACUGUGGGAAGCGCUUCUGCCAAAGUUCAGGCCUCACGAUUCAUCAGAGAAUCCAUGCAGGAGAGAAAGCCUACCAGUGCCAAGAUUGUGGGAAAAGCUUCAGGGUGAAGUCUCACCUGGUCCGCCACACCAUCAUCCACAAGGGAGAGAAGCCGUACAAAUGUGCUGAGUGCGGGGUGAGCUUCUGCGAAAGAUCGGAGCUCAGAAUCCACCAGAGAAUCCACACGGGCGAAAAGCCAUAUAACUGUGCCGACUGUGGGAAAAACUUCUGCCGCAAGGCAGACCUUACUCUCCACCAGAGAAUCCACACGGGAGAGAUGCCAUACACAUGCUUGGAAUGUGGGAAGGGCUUCAGGUGGAGCUCCAACCUCAUCACGCACCAGAAAACCCACACCGGAGUGAAACCGUUCAAAUGUUCCGAAUGUGGAAAAAGCUAUUAUUCUAGCAUGAGUCUUGUUAGACAUCAGAGAGUCCACACAGGGGGGACCCCGUAUAUAUGCUCCGACUGCGGGAAAAGCUUCUGCGACAGCACCAGCCUUACCAGACACCAGAAGAUCCACACAGGAGAGAAGCCAUAUGUCUGCGGGGACUGCGGGAAAAGCUUCAACCGGAACUCAAACCUUAUUUCGCACCAGAGAACCCACACAGGAGUGAAGCCGUUCCUGUGUGUUGACUGCGGGAAAAACUUCAGAUCCAAAUCAGAACUGCACAGGCAUUACUCAGUCCAUGUGGGAGAGAACAGUGAGAAAGGGUUGUCACCCCCUAAGCCUGAGGUUCCCAUGCAGCCAAAAACUAACAGCGAACAAGAAGUUAGAAAUGAGUAGAGGCUGAUUGGCAGUGGGAGAAGGGGAUCUUUAAGAACAUAUUAAGGUGCUCAAUGGAUUCUACUUUUCCUUUGUAAAGUGAGAAAGUAGAUGGAAUUGAAGAACUACACAGGGCAGUCCUGGAGGGCAGAUAAUUUCCUGUCUCAAUCACUUCCAGUGGCUCAGAAUGUGUGGGCACUCCCAUCUAGAAACCCAUGGUCUCUGGUGCCACUGAAUCUGUUGACGUUGCUGGCCGUUGCUAGAUCUCAUGCUAUCCGUUUUUCUUUUUCCCUGAGCUGAUUUCUUGGGCGGAAACAAAAAAUUCCAUAUUUUUUUGCUUUAAAAACCAUUGUUUGCUGUUCAGAUCAGGUGUUUCCAAUCCUUGCAUGAUUUGAAAUACAGAACUAAUGUGCUCUCUCUA